GGAGGUGACAUUCAGAGGGGGCUUAGUUACAGGUUGCUGAUGGUCUUGUUUGUUCCGAGACCGGCUGUCUCAACUCUCACCUUGGGCGCUUCAUUCACAGAGUGUGAACGCAAGAGGAGAGGGGAACGGAGUUAGUGUUGUUAUAAUACAAAGAGUCAACUUAGAUUCAGACUUUACCACGAUACGUGAACGAGCAAAGUUGGAUUUAAACAAAACGCCCGCUUGCUCGUCUAUAUAUUUAGAACAGAGUGCUGUAUUACUAUUGUUGGGCCAUCCCGUGAUCUGCCUCUUAUCGGUUGCAAAAGAAAGAGAGAGACGAGAAGAAGAGGUCUUGGGGAGGAGGUGACGAUGGCAGCCAACAACACCGCCAGCAUAGCGCAGGCGCGGAAAGCGGUGGAACAGCUGAAGCUGGAGGCGAACAUGGACAGAAUUAAGGUAUCAAAAGCAGCAGCGGAUCUGAUGGCUUACUGCGAAAUCCACGCCAAGGACGAUCCUCUGCUGUGCCCCGUCCCCGCCUCAGAAAACCCAUUUCGAGAAAAAAAACUCUUUUGUGUCAUCUUGUAGAGUGCGUGCCAAACAAUAAGAAAAAAAACACCUACACAGUAGAGAGUAAAAAAGUUAAUGAAAAAAAUUGGAAGCCCCCAGCUACAUUUUACAGCAACGCUGGCGCAGAGAUCAUCAAGAAUGGUGGAAAAUGAAGGCAGAAAAAGAGCAAAGCACGAGUCGAAUGAGGGGGGGGGGGGGGGCUGCCUUACUGGGCAGAGCCACCCAGCUGGCCACAGCCGACGUCCUGUGGCUGAAAUGAAACAGCUUGACGAGCGGUCGUGAUAGCAGACAUGUUUUAGGUAAUGCUUGUGUAAAAACAAAAAUAUGCCGCGCCCCCCCUCCCUUAUCUGAAGUCUUUCCUUUUUAUGAUUUGUACGCCUUUGCAGGUGCUCACGAAGAGCUCCUUUCGCCUAGCUAAUGCGUAAAACUUGAUAAUGGUGCAAUGGUAAAAGGUUGUUUUCCAUGACUGAAUGGACAAUAUUUUUAGGAUAGGUGACUGUUAUGUCCAUUGCGCUAUAGCAGUUUUAUAAUUACAGUAACUGAAAUGUUGCCAUUAACUAUAUAUUAUCUUAUUUGACAAGGUGGCAAUGUAAAUACUUUUCACAAUUUUUAUUAUUUAAAAUGUGCAUGCAUCUAAACACUGAACACUGAAUGGGUAGACUUGCAUUUUACUUGCAGAAUGAUUUAGAAACGCAAGUGAAUUUCUUCGUAACAAUAUUUGGGUCUGCACCCUCACUUUUGUCUUCUACCGUAUGCCUGUUAAGCUGGGUCAAUUUAGCAUUGAAUUUAAAUAAACUUUUGGUACUAAACUUAAAAUUAUCCAAGAUGCAGCUUUCACGCAUCGUAUAAUAUUCCACCAAUGUACACUGCAGUUGUCCAUCAACGUUGUUACAGGCGUUAUGGUUUGAAUUCCAUUUGUGACUUUGCAAUGUAUUGCCCAAAAUAAAAUGUCCAUCAUGGUAUAUCCUGAAAAAAGCCUGUUUGGUUGAUACUUCCAUUGUCAAUAGGUUGCCUCUAAUUGGAUGAACAUUGAUAGCAAGAUAAACACUUACUCUAUACACAGCAUCGUGGCGCGUGAUUGAACCCCUUUUCCUGUUCAAUAAAGUGCAGGUGACUACAUGACCUAAAUAUCACAUAUGCAAUUGAAAUAUAGUAAUCAACACAUGCACAUCCCUUUGUAAAUCUGCUGCUGGAUAUUAAUCAUAAUUUGCCAUUCUGGUCAGUGCGGGUCGGUGAAGGUGUGGAGCAUUGACAUAUUACCUACUGCCUACAACCCACAGACAAUAAUGCCUGUUAUAUGCAUGGUGAUCGCCUAGCUUCAGAGAUCCGACAAAGUCGGCUGAAUUCCAGGUGAUUUAGUAAAUGCCAUCAACCCAUAUAAAAUGAAAAUAUUCUAGAGCAAAAAACUCAUUGUGCAUUGAUAGCCACUUUUCUUGCCACUUGAUAGUGGACGUAAGUGGACUUUUAGUUUGUUUCGCACAACAUGUAUCUGCUCUGCUUGAUAUUGUACCCAAAAUGAGGAUGUGUUGUAUAUUUAAUUGUACAACUUUUAGUCAUUGAACGUUUACUACAUCUUAUUAACUUGUGUAUAUAUAUAAUAAAAAGUGUAAUCAGAAAUCUAUUUCACGUGGACUUUUUUUCACACAUAAAUUGUUACGUUAUCAAA